UCGUAUAUAGUGUUCUUCCAACAAAGUUGAUUAAAGCAUGAGGUAUGGUGUACCCGUGUAAACUUCAAACCUGCGACUUGGCUUUCGUUUGAGGGGGCGGUGUGUCUAUUAUCGAGAGGUUUUCUGCUCGAAUCCCAACUACCCCAUUGGAUAAGCACAUGCGACAUAGCACAUUGUUUGACAUGCCUCUGCAAAGUUCAAACUUAGGUCACACAAUUCGCAGAGGAAGGGUCGGCGCUCCCGCUCUAGCGCGCAGAAACGCGAAUUUCAAAGGAUUCACAUAAAAUUCGCGAAUUUCUUUUAUUUGGAGCGCGAAUUUUGUUGGAUAAUUCAUGGAUUCAUUUUAUAGAGACGGAGCGGGAGAGAUUCCAGGAAGGAGUCCGUCGAUUUAGUGAAGGAGAUGCUUGUUGGUUGAUGUACGGAGCCGAAAAGGAAGGGAGUUUGUUGAUUUUGGAGGUUUUGAAGUUCGCAGGGAACAAUAACUUGUUGGCGAUUAACAAUAUCGUAGGGAGGAAAGUUUUGGAUAAGAGCCCAAAAUUAAUAGAUCUGGGACGUCGGCUGGUUUCUAGGUUGGCGAAUGUGAAAUGGAGGAAGCUUGCAAGGGAGAAAGAAGACCCCAAUUCUAAAAGAGAUAGAUAGUAAACGAUGACAAGCUUGGAGAGAGGAUCUUGACUUGACUUUAAAGACCCAAAAUCAGAAUGGGACUGGCUUAUUUUUAGGGAUUUUAACUUUGAAAAGGAAAAACAGAGUAGAGGAAACGGGAAGCAGUAGUAGAGCGGCAGAGGAAGAAGACGAAGACCAAAGAACAUGACUUUAUGAUCAUUUGUCUUCCUAUGAUGGUGGGUUGAGUCACAUAACGCCCAAGGAAAUAAAAUUAAAAUGAAACUAACUUAGAAUAAAAUCAAAGAGUAAGAAACGAGCAUCUCUAAGGAAUACGACCCAACUAAAUAUUAAAAUCUACGAGAUAUUUUCUAGUGUUUGAUAUUUUCAGAUUUGCAUGUAGAUAUAAUCUUAAUAAUAAUGAGACAUAUGAUGUUUACUAAUUUGGAUUUAGUAUUGGACUAUUGGUGCAUAGGUCUUGUUACAAUUACAAGUAUUUGUAUACGCUCAAAAUAUGAAGUGUAUAGUAAAUAGUUUAUAAAAAAUAAUAUUUUAAUGACGCUCUCUUCACGCUCUCAAAAUUGACUUCUUUUAAAAUUGACGCUCUCAUGCUCUCAUUCUCGCUCCCGCUCUCACUCUCGCUCCACGAACGUGCUUACUCACUCUCUCUCUAGACUCUAGAGCUUUGGACUAACCCAAGAAUUGAUUGAUUAUUCUAUUUGGGGUUUUGUCAUCGUUGAAAGUGGUUUCUGCUGUCUGUGUAGCCGUACGUAAGAUAAAGGAGGAGAGAAAAGUGGGUGACUUUUGUCUUCUUCUUCUUCUCCCAUUCUCAACUCGACUCUCAAGUACCUGUUGACACUCACUCGUCACGAGAAGACCUUUUUUCAUAUAAAAUAUAUUUUACAAUGUUCAUUGCCAUUAUCUUUUAGCUUCGAGAUAGAUGCAGUUGGUUGUUGGAAAAAUUUAAUAAAAGGGUUAUUUAUUAAUUAUUAUUAUUUCAAUUUUCCACCUUUUGUGGUUGCUUCUUUUCAAGGUUGUCAACCCGCGGGUUGACAACCUUGAAAAGAAGCAACCACAAAAGGUGGAAAAUUGAAAUAAUAAUAAUUAAAGCGGGUCGACCCACAUUGAUCCUGACCCGGUGAGAAAAACAGGCCGCACGCACCCGCCGGAUCAACUGCCACAAGGUACCGGGUUGGAGGUCAAAUUGUGUCAUUUUUUUCUUUGUUUUGCGAAAUGCGCCUAUUUUCCGAUUUUUCUUUUCGCCUAACUCAAUCUUUGGAAUCCUAAGUUGAACAUUUGAAUAUUAAUGUUAUAUAAGUGUGUGUGAAUUUUCACUAUAUGAUGAAUCUAAGUACGAAAUGUUAUUUUGGUGUAAUAUUAUAUGUUAUAACUCAUAUGUUAGAUGAGAUUUGAUAUAAUUUAUCAGGAUAAGUACAAUAUAAUGACGCUUUCCAUAUUUCCGGGCUAAAACGGGUGACCCAUUAACCAUUGACCCACUAGCUCAACCGGGUCCGGGUCAACCCGCAGGUUGACAACCUUGCUUCUUUUUCAUUCUUAUAUUUCCGAUCUGAAUAUAAUUAUUGAAUUAGUAGGCUAGUUUAUACAUUGUCAUCUUAAUUAUCACUAAUUUUUUGCCCUUUUGCUGCGGGAGAAACUAAUUAUAUUUAAAAUUUUAUCCACUUAUUUAAUGAUGUAGUAAUUCAUAAAAUUUGAGUAAGAUAUCACUAUAUGCUUAACGUAGUAUCUAAAUCAUUACGAAUGAAUUAUGUCAUAAGUUUGUUCAAGUGAUACAUAUGAAAUAUCUAUUACUCCAUAAGUUUAAGGUAAUAUAUUUGUAAUUUGCGUAACUGUUAAUGAAGGGUGUUAUGUAAUAUUCCAUAAUGCGUGGACUAAUAAUAAAAUUAAGUUAUGAAAAGUAUCACAUUUGAUUAAAUUAUCAUGUAAAAUGAACUAACAUUGUGAUAUAUUUUCAUAAUGUAUCUGUUAAUAAACUUUGUUAUGUAGA